CCAUCCAUCCAUGGAGCACCACCCGAAUCGACGUGUCGAAUCCACAUUUACUGCCGCACAAGCUCGCACCAAUGAGUUCGCUCGCUUUCCCCUGCCGCUCGUCACCACUGACGCCCGCCUCCAUUUCCCCUCCCGUCCCGUCGCCGUGUAUAAAGAUCCGCCGCUCGCGACCAGCUGCUCCCCAUCGCCGCCUCAUCGCCGCCAGGAGUUCGAGUUCCCCCCGAACCGUCGCCAUGGCCGCCGCCGCUGCCGCUGCCGCACCGGUCAUCUCCCCGAAAGAAAAUCUGCCCCCUUCGCUGACCUCCACCUCCGAGCCCCCGCCCCUCUUCGACGGCACGACCAGGCUGUAUGUUGCAUAUCACUGCCCGUACGCGCAGCGCGCUUGGAUUGCCAGGAACUACAAGGGUUUGCAAGACAAGAUCAAGAUAGUCGGGAUCGAUCUCGCAGACAGGCCGGCUUGGUACAAGGAGAAGGUUUACCCACAGAACAAGGUGCCUUCACUGGAGCAUAACAACCAAGUGAAAGGAGAGAGCUUGGAUUUGGUCAAGUACAUUGACAGCAAUUUCGAUGGCCCAGCAUUGCUCCCUGAUGAUUCUGCAAAGAAGCAGUUUGCUGAGGAGCUUCUUGUGUACACCGACGAGUUCAAUAAAGCACUAUACUCAUCCAUAACCUCCAAGGGAGAUGUGGCAGAGGAAACUGUUGCUGCGCUGGAUAAAAUAGAAGCUGCCCUGGGAAAGUUCAGUGAUGGCCCUUUCUUCCUUGGCCAGUUCAGUUUGGUGGACAUUGCAUAUGUGCCAUUUAUCGAAAGGUUUCAGAUAUUCUUUUCUGGUAUCAAAAACUAUGAUAUCACCAAGGACAGACCGAACAUUCAGAAAUUCAUCGAGGAAGUGAACAAGAUCGAUGCGUACACGCAAACGAAGCUGGACCCACAAUUUCUGCUUGAACACACAAAGAAGCGGCUUGGGAUUGAGUGAAGAUGUGACCAAGGAUGGCCAAGAGGACAGGGAACUACUGCAGCAUGGAAGAUGAGGAUGAAGACACUCAGGAGUGUGCUUGCUUGCUAGUACUAUAUACUAUACUUUGAAUAAAAAGAUGCAUGCUACAACAAAAACGAGAUCACCUUUGGCCUCUAUGCAGGAAGGGCAUCUCAAACGCCGAUCCUCAAAUCGCCCGUAUCCGUUCGGACCGCUGAAGCCAUUCAAUACGGGUCUGUAUUGAUCCGCAGAACGGUCUAGAUGCAUUUUCUCCCGUAAAUUGGAGAUAAAGUGCGGUAGUCCGGACAGCAGACACGCAGGACUCAGACACCCCCGGCCCACCUAAUCCCCUCUUCCGGUCCCAUUUCCUUCCACCUUCGUCCCUUCUCCCCUUUGCUUUGCAUCAGCACCCUCCACUAUCGAUGUCGCUAUUAUACGCCUUAGGCCGCCACAGAGGCAUUGCCGGACAUCCGCAACCAGGUAUUGUCCACCCUUAAGCCGUUUAUACCCAGGUACACUCCACCCCCUGUCGAUGACCUCCAUGGUGGACACCACGCUCGUCAGGUGUUCGGUCAAAUGCCAUUGAGUACGAAAGAUGAUGAGCUACUCAACCAUGGAGGAUGAGAUGUUAUGCAAUGAGUGGUUGGCCGUAUCUGCGGAUUUCGUAGGCAGGAGCAAAGGGGGGCCUUCUGGCAGCAAGUGCAUGAAACGUUUCACACAUGAAAGCACAUUGCACAAGACAUGUACAUUAUUCAACAACGCAACGUGACAUCGUUAUCGUAUUGUUGGUACACAAUCCAGAUCAGCGUCAUAAAGUUUUAUGAUGUGUUCGUCAGCUGGAGGCAAGGUGACCAUUGCACGCGGCAGAGGACGAGAUCGUAAGUUUUGCUUCGUGCUCAAUUUGUCGAUUGAUUCAUUCACUCAAUAUUGGUCUACACAUUAUGUAGCUUGCACGCGCUGCCGUAGUGUACCACAAGACAGAAGGACGACCAUUUACAUACACACACUGUUGGAUGAAGUUGAAGAGGGAGUAUGUGCGGGAGGGCAUGAUUCGUUGAUGAAAAACUUAUUGGACAUCCGGUUAAUCUAGUUAAAUUUGAGAUAUCAUUGUACUAGACUUAAUUUGCGUACUAUAUAUAUGGAAGAUUUAUGUUAUUUUC